CACCCAAGCAGUUUGGUGAAAAUAUAAAAAACCGGGUUGGCGAAUUCGUCUAUUGUUUGAUUUGGUCCUUCGCACCGAUUUCUAUCUUAAUGGUUUCAAUCGAUCAUGUUUUAGCUUUUCUGAAGGCACCCGAGUUGGCGGAAUGGCUCAAUAAUUGGAAUGCAAUUGAGGACGAAAUGCUACAGCUUGGGUUUAACCGGGAUAAAAUUAAAAUUACUACAUUUUCCCGCUAUUUUAUUCCUCUGUUUGAAUUUGUGCCAUCACUGAUUUUCGGAAGUUUAAAUAUGAUAUGGCUUGUCGACAUCCGAUAUCCGCUGCAUUGCUUGAUAAGCUUCAUUUACAGCUACCUUCCCCACAUCUGUUAUGCUGUUGAAGAUUCCAAAGCACUGUUGAUGCUGAAAUGCCUCCAAGUCGGAUUUCUGCAGGUGCGCAGUCAUCUCGAGAAAAAUAGCAAUGUUCCUCGACGCCAAUUACCUGUUCGAAAAAUUCACCUACUUUUAUUCAAACUUCGACUACAAGCCAAACAUUGUGGCGAUUAUUUGGCGACUCAGCAACUCCUCUCGAUUUUUAGUACGAUGUACAUGACGGCGGCGUCAUUCUUCGUGUUCGUGAUCGUGCUGAGUGAUCUCUCCUUGGGCGACGGUAUGGAGGACUUGAUAGCUAUGGCAUUUGCUUCCACAUGGCCAGCCUUUGGGAUGAGUCGACUUUACGUGAAGAUUUGGAUGGCUGUAAGGGUGACUAGGGAGGAACAAGAGAUUGCAUCCAUACUUAAAUUUGAGGGAUUAAAACUGAAUGAGGAAAAAUUCGGGUCAGACUAUUCUAAUGAGUUAAGGGAAAUUUACAAGUUGUUAAAAAAUCACCCGACGGAGGUUUCCUUCAACAACUAUGUCAAAUUAAAUAAUCCAUUAAUUUUGGGGGUAUUUCAACAAAUUUUUAUGCUGUUUAUUAUUCUGAUGCAAUUUCGGAAAUAAGGUGACAAGACGGAGACAGAUGAAGCCGAUGAACUUGAAUAUUUGAUUGGUUUGAAUUUUUAGAUAAAAACAACGAUGGGGCCGGAAUACAUGUAAAUUUAAAUAUCUGUACAUAAUAUGGUCGAGGUAGCUGUAAACGAAAUAUCGGUUCAACAGUUUUUGUGUCACAAAUUUUAGUGCUGAUCGGCUUUGGUAGUUACAGUAAAGCUUAAUACAGUAAUACAGACACGCAAUCGUGCAAUAACAUUCAUUGAUAAAAUUUGUAAGUUUAGAAAUAGCUUCAAAAAUUACUGAAUGAUUUGAAUCCAGAACAAAGUUUGAAUAAAUUAAAUAAGUAAAAUUGG